AUGGUAGGGCUCCCUCAAGGCGCCGCAGGCGACAGCUUCGACAUCUUCGACUGGUACCCGCGCUACCAAAUCUGCCAACGGUACUUCCUCGACCACGCCCAGCACAGCACCUCCGUGCAAGCGCUCUCCGCAUUCCUCAACAUCCGACUACCAUUCCAGCGCCAACCGCAACCCGUGCAGAACUCGUCCGACGACCCCUCAAGUCUCCCCCUCGCCGUCUCGCUAACCCCCUACCUCCGUCGCCUCGGGUUCUUCGGGGACGACUGGGGCGCCGGCAUCGGGCCCCUGCACGAGCAGGAGCGUCGCAACUAUCUCUUCGCGGCCAAAAGCGGCGGCUGGGCGGCCGUCAAGAAAGACUACGAUAUCCCCCCGCUCGAGACGAUUCCAUUUUUGCGCCCAUUACAAGGGCCGCUCGACUCGGAGAUCGAAGCCGCGGAGCGGAGCUGGAGUGACUGGCUGGCGAUGGAGGACUGGAUGGUUGGGCCGCGGGCGCCUGACGUGCUCCGGGAUUCGUCUUCGAUAUCGCGACCUCGAAGUUCACGGGGUUGA